AUGAAGGCUCUCCUUGGCACCCAAGACAUGUGGGAGAUAGUGGAGAAAGGUCAUACCAAGCCGAAGAAUGAGGAUAGUCUAUCUCAAACUCAAAAAGAUAGUUUGAGAAACUUAAGAAAGAGAGACAAGAAAGCUUUCUAUCUAAUCUAUCUAGAUGAUGAUGCUUUUGAGAAGAAUUCGGAAGCAAAAUUGGCUAAAGAAGCAUGGGAGAAGCUCCAAACCUCUUAUAAGGGAGUUGAUCCAGUUAAGAAAGUAUGUCUUCAAACUUUAAGAGCUGAGUUUGAAACUUUGCAUAUGAAAGAGGGAGAAGCCAUAUCGGACUACUUCUCUAGAGUCUUGAUGGUGACUAAUCAAAUAAAGAGAAAUGGUGAAAAGUUAGACGAUGUAAAAAUUAUGGAGAAAAUACUUAGAUCAAACAAAAUAAUUGGAAGCCAUGACAAUGGAGCAACUUUGGGUUCGUUGCAAGCCUAUGAAGAGAAGAAAAAGAAGAAGGAAGGGAUCAUGGAGCAAAUACUCAAGACUCGAGUUGAUCCAACUGAAGAAGAAAGCAGUCGCAAUGAGCAUAGCCAACAAGGACGAGGUCGUGGACAAGGACAUGGAAAAGGUUGGAGAUCUAAUGAUGAUCACAACAACUUUCAAAAAGGAGGAAACUCAACAAGAGGUCGUGGGAGAGGCAAUUCAAAAUCAAGGUAUGACAAGUCACACAUGAAGUGUUAUAACUGUGAAAAGUUUGGUCCUUACGCUUCCGAAUGUAGAACUCCUAGCAAUAAUAGAGUCGAAGAGAAAGCCAGCUAUAUUGAAGAAAAAAGUGAAGAAGAUGGUACUUUGUUGCUGGCUUACAAGGACAAUGAAAGAGGCAAAAACAACAGAUGGUACCUAGAUAUAGGUAGCAAUCAUAUGUGUGGAAGAAGAAGCAUCUUCAUGGAGCUCGAUGAAUCUGUGAGCAGCGACUGGGGAUGA